AGUUUUUGCCAAACUUUCUCAAAAUGGUGAGACCAUUUAUUACCGCCAUGACUUCUCCCCCGCUGAUAUUAUUAGUUUUCAAUUCACUCCUGCCGACCAAGUUAUCAAAAAUGAAAAAGGCUGA